CAACAUCUCGCGCAGCACGAGAUAUGGCCAGAAAAACUAGUGAAUCAACUGAGACUGCGAGUACUCGAGGAGCACCCGGUGAUUGUAAGGAUGUUCUACAAACUUGUGCGACUGCGAAAUUGUACUGCUAUGAUCCGCUUUACCUGAACGUGAUGAGACAACAAUGCCGCAAUACCUGUGGAUUUUGCCCA